AUGACUGAAUUCAUACUGACUCAAGGUUUUGGUUACGGGAUAGCCCUAGGUUUGGGUGCUGCUUUUGCCCUGUUAAUGAUGGCAACUACUUACACUGCUAAGAAAUUUCUGGGACAGAAACAAGACUCAGAAAGGUUUACCACUGCUUCGAGAUCUGUAAAGCAGGGUUUGAUUAGUAGUUGUGUUGUCAGUAGUUGGACUUGGCCUGGUACUCUGCUGACUUCCUCUCAGUGGGCAUACCAGUAUGGUGUGGUCGGCUCAUACUGGUAUGCAGCUAUGGGAUCUUUUCAAGUCUUACUGUUCACUUUGGUGGCUAUUGAGAUAAAGAAGAGGUGCCCUGGUAUUCAUACAAUUGCUGAAGUUGCCAGAGUUAGAUUUGGUAGAGGUGGCCACUUGGUCUAUCUAUCCUACUGUCUGGGUACUAAUGUGAUCGUGAGCUGCAUGCUCUUGCUGGGAGGCUCUCAAGGAUUCUCCUUUUCCACCGGCAUGCAUAUCGUUGCGGCAUGCUUCCUAUUACCUAUGGGAGUGUGUGUCUAUACGUUGUUUGGUGGUUUGCAAGCAACAUUCCUGUCUGAUUGGACUCACACCGUGAUCAUUUAUGUCAUUAUCCUAGUCUGUUUGACUACAGUCUACGGUACUUCUGAUUUGAUUGGAUCACCAGGAAAGAUGUACGAUCUUUUGACCGAAAUUGCUAAAGAGAGCCCAUCAUCUGCUGCAAAUGGAUCAUACCUGACAUUUGAUAAUAGGGCUAUGAUUUUCACUGCUUGGAACUUGUUGAUGGGAGGUGCCAGUACAGUUUUUGGAGAUCCUUCAUACUCCCAAAAAGCUAUUGCGGCUUCUGCGAAAGAUGUCAUGUUUGGCUACAUUACCGGGGGACUCUGCUGGCAAAUAAUUCCUUGGGGAUUGGGAACUUGUACUGGUUUGGCUGCCCUGGCUCUCACUAACAACCCAGCUUCAUACACUUAUCCUAAUGCGUUAACUGUAGAGGAGGCCGAAAAGGGACUGCCGUUGGUCUAUGGAAUGGCUGCUAUCUUUGGGAAAAGCGGAGCUGCAGCUGCUGUCGUUAUGAUUUUUAUGUCUGUCACAUCAGCCAUGUCUGCAGAACUUAUUUCUUGUUCUUCCAUUUUAACCUAUGACUUUUACCGAUCCUAUGUCAAUCCAAAAGCUUCCGGAAAGCAAUUGGUGACUGCAUCCCACAUAUUUGUUAUUGCUUUCUCUAUUUUUAUGGGAGGUUUAGCUGUGGUAUUCAACUACAUAGGAGUUACGAUCGGAUGGAUUUUGAACUUUAUUGGUAUUGCUUUAGGUCCUGUCCUUGGAGCUUUACUUGGAAUGCUUUUCUACCCAAAGAUGACAAAACAUGCCAUGUGGUUCGGUCCAACCAUGGCGACGCUCACAGGUGUUGCUUGUUGGUUGGGAUCUUGCCAUCAUUUCUACGGCGAGCUAAACAAAGAUAAUUUGGCUGGAAACUAUCCUUCCGCCAUUGGUAACUUUGUGUCUGUCUUUACCUCACCAUUGUAUAUUUUCCUGAUUUCUUUGAUAAAGCCGCAAUCUUUCGAUUUAUCUACGUUGAAUGAUCAGUUUGAGGCAGGUGACGAUGCUGAGGAGACUGAGCUAGAGAGGAUGAAAGUGCAAGAGACUGACCUCGAUCAAUUGAACAAAUCAUUGAUCCAGACCAGAAUCUUUUUGAUUAUUCAUGCUUCGAUUUUUGUCUUUAUCUUACCUCUGUCGCUGUACGGUUCAGGCUACAUUUUCUCUAAACGAUUUUUCACCGCUUGGGUUGUUAUCACCAUCAUUUGGGAAUAUUUAGCUGCCAUGUGGAUCAUUAUCUGGCCAUUAUAUGAGAGUCGUGUUACGCUACGGUACGUUAUUAUGAAACUCCUAGGAAAAGAAGGCCAUCUUUACUACGGGGCAGGAGAAGUUAAAGAAAUCAGUACAAGCGACCAAUCGUUUGCAACGCCCUCAGUGGCUGAAGCAAAGAACGAGCACCACGUAAACGUGAUCACUGACAGUGACCAUGAUAUGUAG